AGAUGAUUGGACCUGAUCAGGAGUGCUAACCAAUAUGUCUUAAGUUUUGGUAAUGUUUCAUUAGAGAAAUGUGUUUUGACACAUCCGUGUUUUUAUUUCCUCCAGGCAGGUGAUGAGCGUGGUGGAUGAGGAUGAAGAUUGAGCCUGAUGAGGAUUCUGAAGAAGAUGGGGGAUCUGGAGCUUUGGAUCAGUCAAAACAGUUAAAGUAAUUACUCUGAUUCAUUUCCAGAUUCCUCUUUAUUUUUUUUUUAAUUACAUUACUGAUUUUGCGGUGCGUGUAUCCAUGAAAGGUCAUGUUCUUUCCACAGAUGCAAACGUCCUUCAACAGCUACCUAUAUUUUAUAAAACGGUUAAAACUGAAUUCCCCAAUUAAGAAAUAUUCUUUCACCUCACUAAGGCUGACUACUAGUAUUUAUCUCUCCACAUAGCAAAAAAGUAAAUAAUAUGCUGAGUCUAAAAAUCUAAUUUAACCUGUGUUCCAUAUUAUUCCAACCUGCUGAAAAGUUGUUGUUUUAACCCCAGAAACUUAAGGGGGAGGACAGUUUUGACUUGUCUUCCUACUACACGAGUGUCCAAGCGCAUGGUCUAAAUAUUUACAGGUCACCUGCUCAUGAACGGGAUGAGCUCAUGAACUUUAGCAGCAAGCGGUGCUGCUCUCAUGACUGUCACAAGGUUGGAAUCAAAGGUCAAAUCAUUUUUGCCUUUCCCUGGCACAAACAUUCAAGAUGCUGAAAAUGUCACAAGUGCUCCUCAUCUUCUGCCUUGCUGGGGCGACAGAUGCCCUUUACAAGCAGUGGAUCCCUGAUACCAACUAUGAGAAUAAAACCAACUGGGAUAAAGGAGAUGUUCCCUGCGGCAACGACAGAGUUCACUUUUCAUCUCAGAGGAAAGUGUCCGUCUUCGUGGAGACCUCUCACGCCGUGCAAGAGAUGACGCUACCUAUGGAUGGAGAGAUGAUUCUGAAUUCGGGAGCCGGGUUUUACGUGCUCAGCGGACAAGACCCCGGCUGUGGCGCAGGAGUGAGGACCAAGUUCAAAGACUCCGAGUCCCUGCGUUGGUUUAAUCCGGCUCUGUGGCAGGCAGCUGCCACUCUGAACGACCUGCAGGACGGACAUUUCCUCUUCUCGGUGCAUGAGGAGAGCGUCCCCUGUCAGCAGGAUGAUGUCAUUUUCAAAGUCCUCUCCUCCUUCCGUGUGGACACCAGCUCCAGUCAGACCACCAUCCCCGUCAAAUCUGUGUCAGUGCUGGGGAAGGUAUUUGAUAGCAGAUCCGAGUUCUCCGAGUAUCUCGGCUCAGGUUCAGGCCAGUUUCAGUUUCACGGCUCAUCGGCUGUCACCGUUGGAAACCCAGGUUGUCCGGAUCCUACUGGCUGCGUCUGUGGGAACUCUGUCCACCACGAACACAUCUGCAGUGCAAUAACCUGCGGCUCCUCGAGCUGUAAAAAGCCUCUGCGUCCUGUCGGACACUGCUGCGAGGUGUGCGGUGCCAUUGUCACCGUUCAUUAUACUGAUGGCUUCAAGCUGCAGAAUUUCAGGGAACGAAUACGUCACCUUUUUCUUUCAUUGCCUCAAUACGAGUCCAUUCAGCUGGGCAUGUCCAAAGUCCUAAAGCCACAGCGGUUAAUGGGAAUAAUCCCUUUUGGAUCAUCACCUGAGAUCCAGGUAGUUAUUCUGGAUGGAGAGACAGGGAAACUGUCACAGGCUCUGGCCCAGGACAUGCUAAAGGACAUUAAAUCUCAUGGCUCCAAACUGGGGAUAACGGGAGCAGACAUUCAAACUGCCAGUGAGCCUGAAAGCAGUGUAGGGACAGUAGUUGGAGCUGUUUUUGGAGCUUUACUCGUGAUUACGCUUAUUGUGAUUGUGGUUGCCCUAAUCCGUAAGGGAGUUGUACAGAUGCCUCCAAUGCCUCCGAUGCCUUCGAUGCCUUCGCUGCCUUCGAUGCCAUCUCUGAGUCUCUUUAGGAGAAACACCAACGUCAGUGACCUCAACGGAGCAACUGACCACGGAUUUGACAAUCCGAUCUUUGACAAGCCUGAUAUGCUGCCCGACAUGCCUAAUCUGUACGGCACCGAUUCCAUCUCCAUGACUCAGACAGGCGUGCAUUUCGUAAAUCCAGCUUAUGAUGAGAACGAAAUUGAUUUUACAGUUUAAAGUUAACUUUUACGCACAGUUUUCCUGAUAGUUA